AUGUGGACCUCGAGGCAGCUGCGGCUCAUGUCCCUGGAGGGGGAGGCUCUGGCCCAGACCUCGGCUCUGGCCCCGCUGUGGAACCAGAGCUCCUCAGGGGGGGAGGAGGGGGAGGAGGGGGAGAGGGGGAGGCACCACACCCUGCCCUGGGCCGUGGCGCUGCUGGCCGGGGUCCUCAUCACCACCAUCGUCGUGGACGUCAUUGGGAACAUGUUGGUGAUCGUGUCCGUGUUCAGGAACCGCAAACUCAGGAAAGCAGGUGAGCCGCAGAGACACACGGUUUCUUCUGAAAGUAAAUAA